GUAUUAUUUUUGACAAAUGACUUCUUAGUAUUUUUUGAAGAGAAAAUGUGAAAUUUGAAAAAGGCAAGGAUCGGGGAUGCUUUAACUUUAGACCUCCAAAAAAUACACAAAAGAUGAAGACAAUCUGAGAGAGCUGUGAGUGGGGGUGAGCUGACCAUGUCCAUGGAUGAACAAGAAGACCACGAUGGUCUCCAUUCUCGAGCUUCAGCCUCUCGGCGCACUCGCUCCCAGGUAGCUCCCGACUGGUCCUCCCAAGAAUCCCCACCCUCAUCACCGAGAUCGCCGCCGUCGAACGCGACUGCCGCAACACUCUCUCCUCUUUCCAAAAAUGGAAGAUUAUCAUUGAGAAUUGCAACUCCUUGGAAGUCUUCUGUAGCCUCAACCAGUGUCGCCGUAAAUGGGACUCCCUUCUAUCCAAGUACAAGGAGAUCAAGCUCUGGGAAUCGUCCGAGUCCCUGGUCGAAUCGUACUGGUUGAUUGAUUAUGAGCGAAGAUGCGAAUUUGGGUUUCUUGAGGAUUUUGAUUUCGAGGUGUUUAAAGCCAUUGAUGAUCAUUUGAAGGUGGGUGAUGGGUCGGAUACUGACCCGGAUGUUGAUCCUGAAGUUGUCGCCGAUGGAGUGGCCGAGCCUGAUUUCUUAGGAUGGCGGAUCACUUUCCUCACGAUGGAGGUCCUCCACAGGCCGGGGACGAGCCAUAUAUCAUGUCAUUGCCACCGAGGAUUCGUCCUUUUGACCCGGAGAGGUACGACCCUCAGGAGCACAUCCUACCUCCUGCCACCUUUUAUCAUUUUACCAACUUCGAGCGGCGAGCACCCCCAGAUUUGCUGCUUCGAGAGCCGGAGUCCCAUUUAUCUCACCAGGCGCGAGAGGUAUCUUCCUGUUCCACACGGGGUUAUGGAUCGAUCCUUGCUAGGGAGUGGUAUACGGAGCUCCCAGAUGUUGUACAUCACAUCGUGGACGAGGCGGGGUUUGAGCUUUUCUGCGCGGGGAUAUCACGUUAUCCGGCGAGCAGGACCCUCAUAGGGGUACUGGUGGAGAGAUGGUGGGACACCACCAAAUCGUUCCACUUUUCAACUACUAGAGACAUGACGAUGACCCCAUAUGGCUUCUCUAUGUUGACGGGCCUUGACGUAACCGGCCGACCGGUCCCCUAUGAUGCAGACAUGGGUUAGUAGGAGGCGGCUUGGAUAUAUUUGCUGGAAGUCCGCCCACCGAUCGACAGAUCAUCCGGUAGAGUCAGGUACACUUGGUUCCCCGUGCAGUAUAGGGGGACUUCGCCCAAGACUAUCGAGGAGAUAGAGCAGUAUGCUCGAGGGUUUUUGAUGUUCCUCCUUGGGACCACUUUGUUCUCCGACAGGGGGAGCACUGUUGGGCUUUAUCUUCUUAGUGCGUCAGUAGACCUAUCACAGGUCAGUUAGUAUGAUUGGGGUGGCACUGCCCUUCCUACCCUUUAUUGUUACAUGAGCGCGACCUCCCGCGGGUGGGGGAACAUAGUCGGUGGCUAUUAGAGAGCUUGGGAGCUAUGGGUCUAUGCAUACUUUUCGACGUUGGCCCCAGAGCUCAAAGUAGAGGUACCUCUCGAGAUCCCUUACUCUCACAGAUUCGAGGGUCAGUGCCGGCCUCGGCCUCGGGAGACUUUGCCAUAUCUCCGGCAGUACUUUGACACUGUUCGGGCGACGGAGAUUACUUGGUAGCCAUGGGCACCUUUGCCAGGAGAUACCCGGUUCCGGUUCUGGUUCUCUAGGGGAUGGGCCGCUUCGCGAUACAAGGUUUUAUUUGAGGGGCCAGUUGGCAGGGCCUGGUUUCUAGGGAAUCGCUUCUUGUGUCAGACGAUGGGCCACCCUGAUCAGGAUAUCCCCUCAGUACCUCCAGAGGACAUGCGGUCCACUGAAGGACUCACUCCCCAGGAGGUCGAGGUCACUAUGUUGGGUAAUGAUGUUAUUCUGUUCCUGGAGGAGAGGGAGUACGCGACCUACCGCCAUACAUACUUGAUGCCUCCACUGACGGGUGUCCGUCCUCCCACGAGAAGGGCUGCUGGUGCAUCAUCAUCGAGUCAAGUUCGGGUUGCGGAUACCCUUUCGACUAGCAAGGCCGGCACAUCGAGAGGUGGGGCUGGACAGAUUCCCCCAACUUACCAGCAUGCUGGGUGCCCAGAUAUCCCAAUCGAGCUAACAGGUUGGCGGUAUGGGACAUCCUACCCGAUUCCAUUGGAGCCUCCAUUGUCUGACCAUCGAUACGUCAGAGACCCUAACUCGCCACCGCCUCCCAGCGAGUAUAUGGAUGGAUUGCUCGAAGUGGUGGCCUCGCUCGAGGGCAUGGUCCUGCAGAGGGAGAUGCUACUGUUUGUCGCCGGCGUUCAGGUCCCACUACUACAGGCUGGGCCAUUCAGGCCUUCUCGAGGUACUGGGAGAGGGAGUUCGACUCGCAGUCGAGGCAGACGUAGAGCACUUAUCAGAGAUGAUGAGAAGCCUAGCGAGGAGAAGGAGUCUGCGCAUCUUCAGUCGGAGACAUUCGUAGGCAGAGAGGAGGACUCUGGCUCCGGUUCUGAGAGUGGAGGUGAUGCCGGGGUGGAUCCCGAGGAUGGUAGCUCCGACUCAGAUGGUGGUGCUGGUGGAGGUGGUGCAGAGGCUACCCAGGUGAAGAGGAUGAAAAGAGCCUCUCGAUCUUGAGCUUGAUGGCACCGAUGCAGAUGUUCCUGCUUUAUUUUCUUUUUUUACUAGUAGUUGUAGCACAUUAGCUUAGGCAACAGUUUUUUUUUCUUUUAAAACUUGUACCUUGUUUUAAGAUGUUGUAACAAAAGAAGCUAUG